AUGGCUGCCCAAAAUCCCAGAUUGUUGACACUCUCCAUAGCUCUUGCUGUUGCCUCUGUCUCUGCUUCUGCGGUGUGUUAUUAUUGGAGAAGAAAGACAAAGGGUGGUAAGGCUGCCAAAAUUGAAGAACUCGAAGCUUCCCUCAAGAGUGCCUUGGAGAAAUGUGCUGCGGAGAGGCAAGGCCGAAUUAAAGCUCAACAGGCUUUGAGGAAAGCAUUGGUACGGCAAAAUUCAGAAAAUGUUGAAUCGAACUCAUAUCCCAUGGCACCCAUAGCCAUUGUACAGUCAUGCUUCUCUACAAGAAAUGGGACACCAAGACAGCCUUUACUUGUACCUCUUGCAAAGGCAUGCUUGAAGUUCGACUCUAGUCGGGUUCCUCCAUCAUCUCUUGAAGGUCUUGAAGAGUACUCACAUUGCUGGAUCUUAUAUGUUUUCCAUCUUAACACGGAUCUAGAAAAGAUAUGGAAGCAUCCAUCACAUUCAAAGCUCAAGGCCAAGGUAAGAGUACCAAGGCUGAAGGGUGAGAGGAUGGGACUCUUUGCCACUAGAACUCCUCAUCGUCCUUGCCCAAUUGGGCUCACAGUGGGAAAGGUGGAGGCAGUCCAGGGGCAUAAAGUUUUCCUUUCUGGUGUGGAUCUGGUUGACGGAACACCUGUCCUAGAUGUAAAACCAUAUCUCCCUUACUGCGACAGUGUAGAUAAAGCAACAGUCCCAGGAUGGGUGAAGGAGGACAAGUUACUGGCUGUAGCUUCUGUUGACUUCUCUCAGGGUUUUUCUGACACUUUAGCUGAGUGUUGGCCAGUAGUGGAAAAGCGGUCUCUCUACACCUCACAAGACGAAUUCAAAGGUUUGAUCAAGCAGGUUCUUUCAUGGGAUAUACGAUCAGUAUCACAAAGAAACCGACCACAUUCGUCCAUAGCCAAGGCUGAACCCAACGGCAUGCCAAAGGAUGCUGCAGUACUGGAGAAGCACAGCGAAAAUGAUGAAGAAGCUGAAAAUGUUGAAGAAGUAGAGGUGUCGACAUCUUCAGACUAUAUCAUUUAUCACCUCAUUCUAGAAGGCCUGGAUGUUUCAUACAGAAUCGAUGUCAACAGCAAUGUUGUGGUUGAGAAAGUCAACCAUUCUUCUCAGGCCCAAAAAAAGCAAUGA